AUGGACUUUGAGAUGGCGAGGAUGGCAGAAGAAGAAAAGGAAAACAAGAAAAUGAGUGUAAGGGUCAACGGCUGUUGCAGCUGCAUUCAUCCAUCAAAGCAUGCCACGUCGCAAUUUUACGGCGCGGCACGGUCGCUGGCCACCUUGCGCCAUCCCGGGCUGCAUGUCAUCCCCUACGCCGCCAACUUCAAGGGUGUAAUGUUGCACUGUACUGUACUGUAUCGCCUCUGUGGUACAGUGCGAACAUGCAGGGGUACACGAGCCGAUGCCUGCGUUUCCUAUUCCAAUAUUGGAAGAGAACCCGCAGCCAGCCAGCCCCUUAUCCCCCUAGACUAG